ACAAAGAAGAUUAUGACAAAGCCCCCUCCUGCAAAGUGUUCACCGGCCUGUUCGGCCAGCGAACAAGCAGAGAGUAGCAUCAGCACAUGAUAAAGCCGUAGGGCUUUGGGAGCAAAAAGGGUUUUGUGCUCCCAAAGGGCGGGGCUACCUCCCCAAAGGGAGGGCUUCUUGAAGGAGGUGAUAUCUGGAUGGUCGGCUGCCAGAGGGCAGAAUGCUUGGUGCGUUCUGGGCAUGCGCAGAUUUUGAAUAUUUGAGCUUUUCUUCACAAUAAUGUCAAAAGACAUAAAAUCAGUAGAACAUUCACCUAAAAUUCAUCAGAGAAAUGAUCCACAGCACGUCAAUGAUAGAACAUUUUUCAUUGAUGCCUCUAAUCAGAGCUUGACUGCCAUUCCGUUGGAAAUCUUCACAUUCACAGAAUUAGAAGAAGUACAUUUGGAGAACAACCAGAUUGAAGAAAUUCCCCAGGAGAUUCAGCGUUUGAAGAACAUCAGGGUCCUCUACCUGGACAAGAACAACCUGAGGAGCCUGUGCCCGGCGCUGGGGCUGCUGAGCAGCCUGGAGAGACUGGACCUGAGCUACAACCCCAUCUUCUCCUCCUCCCUUCUCGUCGUCAGCUUCCUCCACGCCCUGCGCGAGCUCCGGCUCUACCAGACCGACCUGAAGGAAAUUCCCGUCGUCAUCUGUAAAAACCUCCACCAUCUCGAGCUGCUGGGACUGACCGGAAACCACCUGAAAUGUCUGCCCAAGGAAAUAGUGAACCAAACCAAGCUGAGGGAGAUCUACCUGAAGCGAAACCAAUUUGAAGCUUUCCCCCAGGAGCUCUGUGUUCUCUAUAAUCUGGAGAUCAUUGACCUGGACGAGAACAAAAUCGGUGCCAUCCCAGAAGAGAUCGGGCACCUGACGGGGCUGCAGAAGUUCUAUGUUGCUUCUAACAACCUUCCCGUUCUGCCCGCGUCCCUGUGCCACUGUAGCCAAUUGUCUGUGCUCGAUUUAUCCCAUAACCUCCUCCACUCCAUCCCGAAAAGCCUCACCGAGCUCAGGAAGAUGACGGAAAUAGGGCUGAGUGGGAACCGCCUGGAGAAGGUGCCAUACCUCAUUUGCAGGUGGACCUCGCUGCACCUGCUCUACCUGGGAAACACAGGCCUGCACAGGCUGCGGGGCUCCUUCAGGCGCCUGGUCAACUUGCGCUGCCUGGACCUAAGCCAGAACCAUCUAGACCACUGCCCGCUGCAGAUCUGUGCGCUGAAGAACCUUGAAGUCCUGGGACUGGAUGACAAUAAAAUAGGACAGUUACCUUCAGAAUUGGGCUCACUUUCAAAACUGAAGAUACUUGGACUAACAGGAAAUGAGUUCCUUUCCUUUCCGGAGGAAGUCCUUUCUUUAGCAUCUUUAGAGAAAUUAUACAUUGGGCAAGACCAGGGAUUCAAACUUACCUAUGUGCCAGAACACAUUAGGAAACUGCAGAGUCUUAAAGAGCUAUAUAUAGAGAACAAUCAUCUGGAGUACCUGCCCGUAUCCUUGGGGUCAAUGCCUAACCUAGAAGUUCUUGAUUGCCGGCACAAUUUGCUUAAACAACUUCCAGAUGCCAUUUGCCAAGCACAAGCUUUGAAAGAAUUACUGCUGGAGGACAACUUGCUCACCCAUCUUCCGGAGAAUUUGGAUUCCCUAGUGAAUCUUAAGGUUCUGACACUGAUGGACAAUCCCAUGGAAGAACCCCCAAAAGAAGUGUGUGCUGAAGGCAAUGAGGUCAUAUGGAAAUACCUCAAGGAAAAGAGAAAUAGGAAUAUAAUGGCAACAAAGAUUCAGGCGUGGUGGCGUGGAACAGUGGUACGGAAAGGAUUUGGGAAAUUCGGUGAACUACUAAAACCACGAAAGAAAGGAAAGACUUCUCCAAAAGAUAAGAAAGGAAAGAAGGAUGUAAAAGGAAAACCAGGAAAGGGAAAAAAGAAAUAAUCCUAUAAAUUGAUAAAUUGGAGUACUGGACCUAGAUGGAUUAAGAAGGCAAAAUAUCUAGGAAUUAGAUGCCUACUACAUUAAAAUUAUUCAUAAAAUUAUGUUUAUGUGUAAAAAUAAAUGAUUCUUACUUUUACUGAAA